UGAGCCAGCCCGUCUAAGCCAUGCCUGAGCACACUGCCAUCACCGUGCAGGGCGGGGGACCAGAGAAGGGGAACACUUCGAACCCUCCUCGUGACUACCUGCUGUUCUCCCUCUUCAACAUUCUGGUGUUGGGAAACCCUUGUUGUCUCAGCUUCAUGGCGCUCGUUUAUUUGGUCAAGUCCAGGGACCGGAAGCUGGCUGGGGACAUGAAUGGGGCCUUGAGCUACGGAAACACCUCCAAACAGUUGAACAUCUCUGCCGCCAUCUUGAACGUGCUGCUCCUCAUUUUCUUCACCAUCCUGUUUUUUAUUUAUGUGGUUCCCUUGAUCCGGAUGCUGUUCAACUAUCAAAGGUGAGGAAACUGAGACCCAGAGAAAUCUAGUGACUUGCCCAAGGUCAUACAUUACACAAGCCACAAAACAGAAGAAAUCCUGGCUCUGACACUAUUUUCGUGAUCUUAGGAAAGUUACCUCAACUCCCUUGGGGCUGGACUAGGCCCCUGAAGCUACUAGCACCCCCAGCUCUCUGACCUUCUGAUUGUUUUCAGGUCCCUUCCAACAAAAAAAUCUACAAUCCUGCAAAGUAACAAGAAAUAAAGAUGUUGAGGUGUG